UUCAACUCAUUAACACCAACUUCAAAACAAACGAGUUUAAUACAAAAAAUAGUAUAAUAAUGGUGAUGGUAGUAUAGUCUUGAUUUGUCAUUGUCCACCUCGGGUCCAAUGACACACUAUUGUCGGGUGUGCAAUCGAGAGUUUAAUUGCGCAGGAACCCUCGGUGGGCACAUGCGGUCUCACACGGUGGGAGAUCAAGCAGACAAGAGUCGGAGUGAUGAUCACGAACACAUGAAUGACAAGCACUCAAAUGUCGAAGGACAAAAGCACUCGUACUCUUACGCACUAUCACAAACCGUUUUGUCACUAAAAGUAGAGGAUACAGAGGCGGGUGACGAUGACAUUGACGAUGAUAAGGGUGUCAUGCCAAACGGGAGCAUCGCGACAUUUUCAUCAUCGCCUCAUUUUCCAGACCAGACCAGAACAACAAAUUUCAGUCCAAAAGAAAACAUCCUUACUCUAGCAGCUCUGCUACUUUAUAAUACGUAUUAUAUAAAGAUUAUAUAAAGAUAAAAAUUAGAAUAUCAAGACUUAAUAAAAGGAAACCAAAUCAAAAGUUAGUAUUAUUUACGUACAUGUAGUAUUGUUUACGUACAUGUAGUACAUCCUUUCUAAAUUUUCUGCCUAAUAUAAUUAAUUAUCAAAU